AUGUUUGGUCAUAAUUCUUGUGAUUCGACGUCGAAAGCUGGUGAGGUGGUCACAUUGUUUUUGCAUACCCAGAAGGCGGCGAAGGUCACCAUUAAUUUCUUUGGUUACAUAGCAGCAGCAGAGUCAAAAACACUGUCCACGGGCCACGGCUCCAAGCAUUUACCAGCAAAAGAUGAGGAAAUCCGCAUUGAGACCACAGCAAAAGACGACGACAACCACAUCAACUAA